UGAGAAUUAUUAUUCAUGAAAAUGAAGAUGAGAAGAUGGCCCAUGCAGCAGAAUCACACCCAUUGAUGACAGUAGAGCCUCUGUCAAUCUCUCCUCAUCAGCAGUGGUCAUGACAGGCAGAUACCUGGGCCCCACUUCCCAUGUGCUCUUCUCCCAAACCCAAAAACACUUUCUUUUCUAAUUUCUAUGCACUCCCACAACUCCACCACCUUACUUAGUUGUUCCACCACCCCCUCUUUCUCUCUGAAAGCAAGCUAAAGAAGAAAGAUGAAAGCUUUAGCUUUGUUAGCCAUUAUUGUCUUCACCCUCUUGGUAAGAUCUCAAGAAGAAGAAGAUUAUGAUGAUGCUUCUGUAAUGUUGGCUCUCAAGAACAGCCUGAACCCGCCGGGGUGGUCCGACCCGGACCCGUGCAAGUGGGCCCGCGUGUUAUGCUCCGACGACAAACGGGUCACCCGGAUCCAAAUCGGGCGCCUCAACCUCCAAGGCACUCUCCCCACAACCCUCCAGAAGCUCACCCACUUAGAACAUUUGGAGCUCCAAUACAACAACAUCUCGGGCCCACUUCCCUCCCUUAACGGCUUAACCAGCCUCCGCGUCUUCCUGGCCAGCAACAACCGCUUCUCCGCCGUCCCCGCCGACUUCUUCGCCGGCAUGUCGCAGCUCCAGGCGGUGGAGAUUGACAGCAACCCGUUCGAGCCGUGGGAGAUUCCUCAGAGUCUCCGAAACGCUUCCGGGCUUCAGAACUUCUCCGCCAACUCGGCCAACGUCGGAGGCAGCAUCCCGGAGUUCUUUGGCUCUGAUGUUUUCCCCGGGUUGACCCUUUUGCACUUGGCUAUGAACAACCUUGAGGGAACGUUGCCGUUGAGCUUCUCUGGGUCGCAGAUUCAGUCGCUGUGGUUGAAUGGACAGAAGAGUGUUAACAAGCUAGGUGGGAGUGUUGAGGUUUUGCAGAACAUGACUUUCUUGACCGAUGUUUGGUUGCAAUCUAAUGCUUUCACUGGACCCUUGCCUGAUUUGUCCGGGUUGAAGAGCUUGCGAGAUUUGAGUUUGAGGGAUAACAGGUUUACUGGUCCUGUUCCGGUUGCUUCAUUUGUGGGUCUCAAGACGCUUAAAGUUGUGAACUUGACUAAUAAUUUGUUUCAGGGUCCAAUGCCGGUGUUUGGUGAUGGGGUUGUGGUAGAUAAUGUUAAGGAUUCCAAUAGUUUUUGCUUGCCGAGUCCGGGUGAUUGUGAUCCUAGGGUGGAUGUUCUUCUUUCUGUUGUCGGGGUUAUGGGGUAUCCUCCAAGGUUUGCUGAGAGUUGGAAGGGAAAUGAUCCCUGUGCUUAUUGGAUUGGGAUUACUUGCAGUAAUGGGUAUAUAACUGUUGUUAAUUUUCAGAAAAUGGAACUUAGUGGCGUGAUAUCGCCUGAGUUUGCUAAACUUAAAUCCUUGCAAAGGAUAGUGUUAGCUGAUAACAAUCUCACCGGUUCGAUUCCGGAGGAGCUUGCUACUUUACCAGCGCUUACUCAAUUGAAUGUUGCCAAUAAUCAGCUUUAUGGGAAGGUGCCGAGUUUUAGGAAAAAUGUAGUUGUGAGUACAAAUGGCAACACUGAUAUAGGGAAGGAUAAGAGUAGUUUAUCCCCUCAGGGUCUGGUGCCUCCAAUGGCUCCCAAUGCGAAGGGAGAUAGUGGCGGGGUUUCUGGAAUUGGUGGCAAAAAGUCUUCUUCUCAUGUGGGAGUGAUUGUGUUUUCCGUGAUUGGGGCUGUGUUUGUGGUUUCAAUGAUUGGUUUCUUGGUUUUCUGCUUGUUUAGGAUGAAGCAAAAGAAGCUGAGCAGGGUCCAGAGCCCAAAUGCGCUAGUUAUUCAUCCUAGGCAUUCUGGAUCGGAUAAUGAGAGUGUGAAGAUAACAGUUGCUGGUUCAAGUGUCAGCGUUGGUGCUGCCAGUGAAACGCGAACCGUGCCAGGCAGUGAGGCUAGUGAUAUUCAAAUGGUUGAAGCAGGAAAUAUGGUCAUUUCCAUACAAGUUCUGAAGAAUGUCACUGACAAUUUCAGUGAGAAGAAUGUUCUGGGACAAGGAGGUUUUGGAACGGUUUAUAGAGGUGAACUCCAUGAUGGUACAAGAAUUGCGGUGAAAAGAAUGGAGUGUGGGGCAAUAGCUGGGAAGGGUGCGGCAGAAUUCAAGUCCGAAAUUGCUGUUUUGACUAAGGUUCGCCACCGGCAUCUUGUUUCCCUUCUUGGUUACUGCUUGGAUGGGAAUGAGAAGCUUCUUGUGUACGAGUACAUGCCUCAGGGAACGUUGAGUAGGCAUCUUUUUGACUGGCCAGAGGAAGGACUAGAACCACUGGAGUGGAAUAGAAGAUUGACAAUUGCCUUAGAUGUGGCAAGGGGUGUUGAGUACCUCCAUGGCUUGGCCCAUCAAAGCUUCAUACAUAGGGAUUUAAAACCUUCAAACAUUCUCCUUGGAGAUGAUAUGAGGGCAAAGGUUGCAGAUUUUGGUCUUGUCCGUCUUGCUCCAGAAGGAAAAGCCUCUAUAGAAACAAGAAUUGCAGGAACUUUUGGAUAUUUGGCGCCAGAGUAUGCAGUUACUGGCCGUGUGACAACUAAAGUUGAUGUGUUCAGCUUUGGGGUCAUAUUGAUGGAGCUGAUAACAGGAAGAAAAGCACUUGAUGAAACCCAACCCGAGGAUAGCAUGCACCUUGUAACAUGGUUCCGCAGAAUGUCCAUAAACAAGGACUCAUUCCGCAAGGCCAUUGACUCCACAAUUGAGCUCAACGAGGAAACGCUUGCUAGUAUUCACACAGUAGCAGAGUUAGCCGGCCACUGCGGUGCGAGGGAGCCAUAUCAAAGGCCUGACAUGGGUCAUGCUGUCAACGUGCUUUCUUCUCUUGUGGAACUCUGGAAACCAUCUGAUCAGAAUUCUGAAGAUAUAUAUGGAAUUGACCUUGACAUGUCCCUACCACAAGCACUUAAGAAGUGGCAAGCUUACGAAGGUAGAAGUCAAAUGGAGUCAUCUUCUUCGUCUUCGCUUCUUCCAAGCUUGGAUAACACACAGACAAGUAUACCUACUCGCCCUUACGGAUUUGCUGAUUCUUUCACAUCAGCAGAUGGUAGGUGACCAUGAUUGGUUGUAAAUAAUUCCAAGGUGUUUCUUUAGUGUGCAUGUUCAUUCUCCAGUCCUUGCUUCUUUCUGGCUUUUCUUUUGUGAACGUGUUUCUAUCUUUUUUUCAUGGUGUAGUUCUCCACACCUCCUCCAUGAUUAAUUUCACACCAUCUUUAGCACUUGUUGUUAAGGACUUUUGCUGACAAACUGGGAAAGAGAUUCUCAGCUGAGGAUGUAUUUUUCAUCAACUCACAUUCGUGGUUUCCCCCUUUUGAGUUAAUUUUGAGAUGUGUAAAUCAAAUAUCACUAUUGAACUUCCAGUUAGUAGCUUAAGCUUGUAGUGUGAUUAGUUUGUUUUAAUUUAUAUUACACUUGUCGAACCAAUUUUGGUUUCAACUUGCAA